AUUACAUUAGUGGUCUGUGUUUCAACCUAAAAUUUUGAUAUUGUGAUUAGCAAUGUCGUACAUUGUUGACCUGGACAAUGAGACGAAUACCGCAAUAAGAGUGCAGCUUUAUGAAGAUGUUAAAAACACUGAGAUGCUCAAAACACAAUUGUUAUCGGGAAAACUUAAAUGCUGCAUUAUCAAACCUUCCCUGAUUUUGGAUGUGUUGCAAGUUAUCGUUGCAGCAAAUAAAGCUGUAACAGCCCGCAAAAUCACUACAAAGUCGAUUUAUACUGAAAUUUUGUUUAAUUUAUCUCCAUCAAACAAUAUUACCCAAAGUUUGCAAAGAUUUGGAAUUGGUGAUAAUGAUACCACAUUGUUAGUUGUGAGUUUAGUGAAAAAGGAUGACAGCAACGAUAAUGUAUUUACAUCAGUGGUCGGACAUGAGUUGGAUAUUUCUGAAUUGGGAUGUUUAGCUGACUUGCAUGCACUAAAAAGGAUUUAUAAAAUUAGUGAAAAGGAAAGUCAUUCCCUGGAACUUUUGGAUUCUAUAGUUAGUAGAAUAGCUUGUAAAGAAAUUUUGUAACAUUUAAAGAUGUUUUUCUAUAAGAUGUUUCUUACAUUGUAAUUAUGUGACAAUAGUGCUUUAUGUUCAUUUAUUAUUUUGAACUGCAGUUACUAAUUAUAAAGGACGAUGAAUGUUUAAUUUCUUUUGCACUGAAAGUCAUGCGGAACAGAUUUAACACAUCUAAAUUUGAUGGUAUUUAGUUCGAAAGUGCUAAACUAUUAUUAAACACCUAUAUUCUAUUCAGUCUUUGAUAUGAAAGGCAGGUACUGCACAGCACAAUAGCGAAUAAAAGUGGUAAAUCAUUAGUGCCU